AUGAAUCCUUUCCUUGAUCCUCACGGCCUCAUCAGGGCGUGUGGUCGGGUGAUGGCCUCCGAAGUCCUCCAAUAUGAUGAACGGCAUCCGAUCUUUCUUCCAUACAACUGUCAGUUGGCGUGUCUCCUUGUAUCCUUUACGCAUCGCAUAUCCUUGCACGGCGGUAAUCAGCUAAUGGUACGCCUGAUCCGCUCAAAAUUCUGGAUACCAAGGGUCAAGAACUUAGUCAAGUCAGUAAUUUUCUCCUGCAAAAUAUGUGUGAUCUACAAAAAGAAGCUGCAGACUCAACUCAUGGGCGAAUUAGCGAAGGAAAGAACGUCCUUUUCGCGGCCCUUUACGUACUCAGGCAUGGAUUAUGCCGGACCGUUUGACAUAAAGAACUACACCGGGAGAGCCUGCCUGAUUACCAAGGGCUAUGUGCUGGUGUUUGUAUGUUUCUCCACGAAGGCCAUCCAUUUAGAGCCUACUUCGUACCUCACAACAGAGAAAUUUCUCCAGCAUUCGCCCGAUUCGUUUCGCGAAGAGGGUGCCCUCGACAAGUUCAGUCGGACAAUGGGAAGACCUUCGUUGGGGCAGCCGCAGUGCUGUCGCGUGAAUUUCUGCAAGCUGUCAAGGAGAGCCCCGCACAUGGGAGGAUUGUGGGAAGCUGGAGUUAAAAGCUUCAAGACGCUGUUUUAUAAAUCCACAGCCACUCGAAAGUAUACGUUCGAAGAACUUUCCACAUUGCUGGCCAAGAUUGAGGCCUGUCUAAAUUCGCGUCCACUCGCCCCGAUGUCCGAAGACCCCACAGACUUGUUAGCACUCACGCCAGGUUAUUUUCUUGUAGGUGGACCCCUUCUCGCCACCGUCGAACCCGAAAUAAAGGGUGCGUCCACUUCAAUUAUCAACCGGUGGCAGCAACUUAAGGCUUAA